CACACAGCGUCUGUAACGAAACGGCAUGCUAGCUGAAGUCGACGAGCAGGUUGUAAACAUUUGAGUUUUCCCGAAGAGACUGAACACACAUGGCACCAACAGAUCAAAAAACGAAGAAUGAGAAGUUUGCAGGGAAAGAGGGCGACUUGGCGAAAACAAAAAGUGGCGCGAAGGGUGUCAAAAAGAAAAGAAAAUGGAUCUCCGAUCAGAAAUUAUUCAAAGGCAGCGUAAAAGAAGGUCAAGGAUUUGCUUUCAACAGGAAGCAGAAAGUCAAACAUGAAUACAACAAACUGCUGCGAAAGGAAAAGAAGAAGAACCCAGGGUCCAAAAACCUGUACAAAGAAGAGUAUCCAGAACACCUCAGGCAUCUGUACGAGGCUGAGGCAGAGAAACUGAAGAAAGAAGCCUGGACAAACAGAGUGAACAGGAGUAAGCUGAGGAUGAAAGGGCAGGCGAAAGAGAUGGGGGAAGGUGAUGGAGAGGAAGAGGAUGAUGAUGAUGAUGAUGAGGCACAGCAGACCGAGGCAGCUGGUGAAGAAGAAGUUAGUGGGGGAUCUGAGGUGAAAGAGUCAGCGUCCGGGAACCAAGCUGAGCCAACGUCAGCUUCACAGAGAACCUGCAACCAGGUUUAA